GGGACGGAAGUGAGGUUUUUCGGCUUUUAGUUCGCUGACUUCUAGAGCGAGUUGGCUUCUGAGUUGGCUUCUGAGUCGGUGUGUAGUGUCUGUUGAAGAGCUGCAGAGCCGGCAUAAAGGAGCCUGGGCUCUGACAUCUUGCGGGGUACUCGGCUGAGGAAGAGCGAAAGCUGUUGGCUUGGGGGCUGAGAGGAAGAAGAGGGAAGGAAGGGAGAAGUAAUGUUAAUCUCCCAGGAAUGUAUUGCGUGAAGCAAUUCAACCUUGGGUUUUACUGCAUGAGAAUGAUGUGUUUAAGUGUAACGUAGCAGGCUAAUAAUGGCAGAAGAAACAUCGGCUGUAUUUUAAGUGGGAACGGAGCAUUUUCGUGACACCUUUGCGCUAACCUUUUGGCUGCUGCUUUUUGCUAAAAUGAGCGCCCACCCUUUCUCCACUCCCUUCGACCCGGAGCGGCGAGUCCGGAGCACCCUGAAGAAAGUCUUUGGGUUUGAUUCUUUUAAAACACCUUUACAGGAGAGUGCGACCAUGGCUGUAGUGAAAGGUGACAAGGAUGUUUUUGUAUGCAUGCCCACAGGGGCAGGGAAAUCCCUGUGCUAUCAGCUCCCUGCCCUGUUGGCCAAAGGAAUCACCAUCGUGGUCUCUCCUCUCAUUGCCCUGAUUCAGGACCAGGUAGACCACCUGCUGGCCUUGAAGGUACAAGUUAGUUCCCUGAACUCGAAGCUGUCAGUACAGGAGAGGAAGCAGCUGCUGUCUGACCUGGAGCGAGACAAACCCCGGACCAAACUUUUAUACAUCACCCCGGAGAUGGCAGCGUCAGCCUCCUUUCAGCCCACCCUGAAUUCCCUCAUGUCCCGAAACCUGCUCUCCUACUUGGUGGUGGAUGAAGCUCAUUGUGUUUCCCAGUGGGGACAUGACUUCCGUCCUGACUAUUUGCGUCUGGGUGCUCUACGUUCCCGAUUGGCGCAUGCCCCGUGUGUGGCUCUGACGGCCACAGCCACCCCACAGGUUCAAGAGGAUGUGUUUGCGUCCCUGCACUUGAAGCAGCCAGUGGCCUCUUUCAAGACCCCCUGCUUCCGGGCCAAUCUCUUCUAUGAUGUGCAGUUCAAGGAACUCAUUCCCGACCUCUAUGGGAACUUGAGGGACUUCUGCCUGAAGGCUCUUGGACAGAAGGCUGAUAAAGGGCUGUUAUCUGGCUGUGGCAUUGUCUAUUGUAGGACUAGAGAGGCUUGUGAACAAGUGGCCGUGGAGCUCAGCAGCAGGGGUGUGAACGCCAAGGCUUACCACGCAGGGCUAAAGGCUCCCGAUAGAACACAGGUACAGAAUGAGUGGAUGGAGGAGAAGGUUCCUGUAAUUGUUGCGACCAUCAGUUUUGGGAUGGGAGUGGACAAAGCUAACGUCCGGUUUGUUGCCCAUUGGAAUAUUGCCAAGUCCAUGGCUGGCUACUACCAGGAGUCUGGCCGUGCUGGCAGAGAUGGGAAACCAUCCUGGUGUCGUCUCUAUUACUCUAGGAGUGACCGAGACCAAGUCAGCUUUCUCAUCAGAAAGGAGAUAGACAAACUCCAGGAAAAGAGAGGGAGCAAACCAUCUGAUAAAGCCACCCUGCUGGCCUUUGAUGCCCUGGUGACCUUCUGUGAAGAACUGGGUUACCUCUGGCCAGUGUCACUUACCUGGGAGCUCAGAUAUCGGGGAUCGAAGAAGGGGUGCCCCAGUACAGAGCCUUCAUGUGCUUCCUGUCGGCCUUUGCCACCACCUUUGACUUCUUCACCGGGGCUGCCGCUCUCCUGCCCUGCAGCAGGCUGCUUCUCACUCAGGCACCUCCUAGAGCCUGCUCCUGACUGCUGACAGCCAGCUGCUGUCCAGCUUCAGCUUUUUUGUUGUUGGUUGCCCGGGAGAUCUAAGGUGUCAAAUUGCCAUUGUGAGGAGGAGCCAAGAGGAAGCCCUCCCCUGAGCUUGUCACACCCUGUGCCACCCUUACUCUCAAGAUGGACAAAACCACUCCUUCACUUACUUAUUCUUCCUCCUGCCUGAGGGCCAGGCUGUAGGCUGAGGGCUGGGCUAAUGACAGAAGUGGUUAGCUGUGGUUCCCUGUGGAAAUAACCCAGGAGGCUCCGUCUGAGGCUGCUGGGGGAAGAGGGUGGAGUGGCUCCCUCUCGAGCGCCCCACCACCCUCUGGAGGGCCUUUUUGGCUUAUGUCCCUGACCACCCCAGCCUGUCUCUUGGGCCACUCCCUGGCUGCUUCCUCUGGCCUCUCCCAGGAAGAAAAAACGGGAGCUACAGGACCACCCAAGC